GUCAACCCUGGAGCCGCGGAGCGGCUCCUUUCGGUUUUUUUUCCAAGUGCGAAAACGCUUUGACGUGAGGCUGGCAGACCCGACCACAAGGGCCACGAUGCCACCCUCGGAGAUGGUUGAGGCCGUCCAUCGCGAUCUUUUCGCGCGCGAUAGGAACGAUUUUGAGCAGGACCCGGAAGCCGCGGAGAACAUGGAGAGACAGGUCGCCAGGAUCACGAAAGCGGGUGCCCUGGAGGGCGCGCCUGCUCUGUCACCCCCGUAUUCGGACACGGAAGUGAUCGCUGUGCUGGGGGCUUUAAGACCAGGCACACGCACGCUGCAUGGCUGCUACGCCGCCCUCCGGGCGGAGGCCCCGGCAGGGAUACGCCUGACUAAGGCCCUGAUGAACCUGGCACGCGCCGCCUGUGUGACUGCGAGAAUCUGGUCGCUGCGGCAGAUCACGCCUCUUCGCAAGAGUGGCCCGGCCACCGUGCGUGCCGUGUCCGCCUUGCGGCCGAUUUCAAUCGCCACGGAGAAGGCGUCUGUUCAGGACGCCCUCUGGAUUACUCGGAAAAGCGGUCUGCUAGAGGCGUUUUGUGGGUCAUGCCAGCAAGGUGGCGUUGGAGACGCCCUUACCCUUGUCGUGGGCUUGGUCCUGCCAGCCCAGCUGCGCCGCACGCAGGGCCUCUACACCUGGUGGGCCCUCGCGGACGGGAAGUGGGCUUUUGAUGUGGCGUCGCGCCAGGCCAUGUUGUCAGGUGUCUUCCAGGCCGGCGUGCGUGGGCCGGAUUGGCUAAUCCUAGACGACGUAAUGGCGCAGGGCAAGCGUUUUUCCGCGCAUGUUUUCAACACCCAGCUCCGCUGGCUCGCGAAUGACAGAGCGGACGUGCUCCCAAAGGGCUGUCGCACGAUCGUUCCGCCAUUCGCCCGGGCAGCUUUGCUCGACGCGGUGGAAGACGCGCCGCCGGUGCACUGCGCCGCCCCACCGCGGGAGGAGCUCCAGCUCGACGGUGCCGUGAGGGAGGCGUCGCGUCUGGCAGCGGCGGAAUCGACGCCGUGGCCGCAGGCGAGGCACUUCCUGAGCGGGGCCCUGAGUGAGCUGUCGUCGCUGGCCAAUCGCCUUGACGUG